AUGGGUGAUAACCUCCCCUCACAUUGGCAGGAGACCGAGGUCCAUGUGGAUUACAAAAUCCAAUCAGUUUACUGUUCGUUUCAACACUCUGAAGUAAGUGCAUAUUCAGGCAUCGUAGUCAUGUAUUGCGGAUAUCUCGUGCGAGACGACUGUUUGUUCCAGCGUGGUGUUGAUAUGGGACAUCCGCGCCCCGUGAUCGUAGAAGACAGAAUGGAUAUAAUUUGUCUGGCUUCCAGUGAUCUCAGGAUAAAGACGGGCGUUUACCCCUACACCUCAUUUCGUCGUGUGAAGACCGCCAAGGGGAACCCGUUUUGGUGCAUUGCCUUCGCUUCGAACCAUCCUCACGAAGGCUUACCAACCAGCGCGCCAGCAGAGGAAGAAUACAAGGCUUUGAAGGAGGUCCUGCAGAAGAAAGGCCCGCCUGGCUGGUACCAAGCCUCUUGA